AUGGACGAAAAGGUGCUCGCGGCGUCUGCCAAGUACCCCAUCACUGCUGGUCAUGUCUACAAGUAUGGCACAGCUGGCUUUCGCAUGAAGGCCGACCUGCUCCCCAGCGUCAGCUUCCGCGUCGGCCUGCUUGCUGGCCUGCGCAGUCGCAAGCUCAACGGCCAGGCCAUUGGCGUCAUGAUUACUGCAAGCCACAACCCGGCCCCCGAUAACGGUGUCAAGAUUGUCGACCCCAUGGGCGAAAUGCUCGAGCAGGAGUGGGAAGCUUAUGCCACAAAGCUUGUCAACUGUGCCACCGACCAGGAACUCGUCGACACUUACAAGGCCCUUGCCACACAGCUCAAGAUCGAUAUUGAAGCCCCCGGCCGUGUUAUUUACGGUAGAGAUACUCGUCCCUCUGGCCACGGCCUCGUUGUUGCACUGGCCGACGCCCUCGAUGCCACCGGCACGGAGCACACCGACUUCAAGAUCCUCACUACCCCUCAGCUGCAUUACCUGGUCCGCUGCAUCAAUACCGAAGGCACUCCCAAAUCUUAUGGCAAGGUCAGCGAGGCUGGCUAUUACGAGAAGCUCUCCGAGGCUUUUGUGCGUGCUCUGCGUGGACGCAAGAUCCAGGGCCAGCUCAUUGUCGACUGCGCCAACGGUGUUGGCGGACCCAAGUUUGCUGAGCUUCUCAAAUCGAUUCCCAAGGAUGUCACGGGAUUCGACGUCAAAGUUGUCAAUGAUGAUGUGCUACGACCGGAGGUCCUGAACCUCGAUUGUGGCGCCGACUUUGUCAAGACUAGACAACGUAACCCUCCGAACCCCAAGCCUGUUCCCGGCGCCCGAUGCUGCUCCUUUGAUGGCGACGCUGACCGCCUCAUCUACUACUGGAUUGACCCCGACACCGGCUUCUUCAUGCUCGAUGGCGAUCGUAUUUCUUCUCUCUGUGCUUCUUUUAUCGGUGAGCUUGUCCGCUCGGCCGGCCUCGAAGACGACCUCCGCAUCGGUGUUAUACAGACGGCGUAUGCCAACGGCGCCAGCACCAAAUAUAUCGAGAAGCUUCUGCAGCUUCCAGUCGUUUUUACACCCACUGGUGUCAAGCAUCUGCACCACGCCGCUUGCCAGUACGAUAUUGGUGUUUACUUUGAGGCAAACGGCCACGGUACCGUCGUAUUUUCGCAAGAGGCCCUACGUCUAUUUGGUGCCAAGCAGCCCCAGUCUCCUGCUCAGAAGGACGCCCUCGAGACUCUCGCUGCCAUUGGCGACUUGAUAAAUCAGACUGUUGGCGAUGCCAUUUCUGACAUGCUCAUGGUUGAAGUCGUACUGGCCCACAAGGGCUGGUCCCUGAAGGAUUGGGCUACCACGUAUACGGACCUCCCAAACCGUCUGGUCCGCGUCGAGGUUGCCAACAAGGAUGCCUUUGAGGCCACGGAUGCUGAGCGUCGCUUGGCCAAGCCGGAAGGGGCCCAGGACGCUAUCGACGAGUGCGUUAGGAAAUACACGUCGGCGCGCUCCUUCGCCCGAGCCAGCGGUACCGAAAACGCUUGUCGUGUUUACGCAGAGGCCGCCUCGCGUGCGGAGGCGGAUGAAUUGGCCAACAAGGUUGCGCAAAUUGUCAAGCAGUUUGGCUCCUAG